UAUUGUUAAAGACUCCACCUCUUUCACGUGAACGCGCUUUAAGCCGAAUUAGAAAAUCCUGGGUUAACAAAGCUCUGGGUAUCCAGCUUCAAAACACCGUCAUCUUUUCCCGUUUCCGUCGCUUAGACAGUUAUUUAUGAACGUUAAGCGCGCCGUGACUUACUCUCGCGCCUGUUAAGCUCGGCUUUAUCGCGUUUGGCGACGCUUUUGGGUUACGAUUUGAUUACUAAAUCUAGCAUUGAAACAUCUCGGAUAACUGCGCGCAUCCGCUCCGCCAUCAAGGGGAGAGCAAUCGCACGCCGAGACCCGGAUCACAACCCAUGAACACAGACAGAGAUUACCAGAUGAUGAGGAAAAACGAGAGGGCACAUUUUUUCAGCUCUAAAGAGCAGGAACUCAUUUUAAAGUUGUAUGAAGAAGAAAGAGAGAUACUGACAGCCAAAUCCAACACUACCAGCGCCUCUAAACUGAGAGAGGAAGCCUGGCAGAGAAUUGCUGACAGAAUAAACGCGGUAUCGGACAGCGGCUACAAAAGAUCAUGGCAGCAAGUGAAAGUCAAACAUAAAAAUAUAGUGCAAACAGCAAAAAGACGGCGUGCCGAGGUGUUGAGAAAUGAGACGGGGUCCACCACCCCGUCGCUGAACUCUGCAGAGGAAGACGUCCUGCAGCACAAAGACAACAGUCUGAGAGUGGAGGUCCUCCCUAGCAGCGCUUGUAUUGAGCCACUGACUGGAUCUGACAACUCUUUUAUCAGUGUCUCAGGCCAUCCUGUCCUCCUCCUGCCUGUAACAAAGACAGAACCAGAGAGCCUGAGCGGCGAUGAGACAGAUGUCAGUGACACUCCUUUUGAAGGCGAUGUGAACGGCAGCAGCUUCCAGGAGACGGCAAACUCAAUAUGUGCUGCAACCGACGGCGGAGGUGCAGAGAGGCAGACAGACGAUUUAAAAGCCCUUUACUGCUCCUACCUCAGGAAGGAGAUAGAGAACCGAGACCAGCUGAUGGCAUACAGAGCACUUAAAAUGAAGAAGAUAGAGAAAGAAAUGUUAUUACUUGAUAAGCAGCUGAUGUGACCAUGUCAAUAAAUGCUAGAAGUGUUCAAAAAUAUUUGAUUUAUUCCAGGUCAGAUAAUUGUGAGAAAGUGCUUCAGUCACAUUAAUUGUUACGUACAUGUUGGUCUGGGAGUUCACUGCAACAGUGGGCAUCGAAGUCUCCAGCAAUUCUGCAAGUAAUAACGAGCUGGACCCUUUGCAAUUCUACAUAUGCAACAGUACAACACAAGUGCAGUGUGCCCAACUGGUGGGUCACGGUCCAUAAGUGGGUCC